UCCUGCCAAACCUGAUGGUGCGGCUAAAGUUAGCCCCCUGUGGGCUAGUAUAUAAGGCCCCUAGUGUCCAUUACUUACAUGUCAGUCCCAUCAGCUUUGUGUAAGCUUCUCUUCUUGACCAUCAACAACAACCCCACAAACUUGAGAGAUGGCACCCAAGAAGGCCAAGAGGAGGCAGCAGCAGGGUGAGGGUGGAUCCUCCAAUGUGUUCUCCAUGUUUGAGCAGAGCCAGAUCCAGGAGUACAAGGAGGCUUUCACAAUCAUCGACCAGAACAGAGAUGGCAUCAUCAGCAAGGACGACCUCAGGGACGUGCUGGCCACCAUGGGCCAACUGAAUGUGAAGAAUGAGGAGCUGGAGGCCAUGGUGAAGGAGGCCAGCGGCCCCAUCAACUUCACCGUUUUCCUGACCAUGUUCGGCGAGAAGCUGAAGGGUUCUGAUCCCGAGGACGUCAUCGUGAGCGCUUUCAAGGUCCUGGACCCCGAGGCCACUGGCUCCAUCAAGAAGGAAUUCCUUGAGGAGCUCCUGAGCACCCAGUGCGACAGGUUCACCGCUGAGGAGAUGACCAACCUGUGGGCGGCUUUCCCCCCUGAUGUGGCUGGCAAUGUUGACUACAAGAACAUCUGCUACGUCAUCACACACGGAGAAGAGAAGGAGGAAUAAAUCGUCCCCCUUCUCUCAAGACCUCUACCUCCGUUCAAGCCCCUUCACACCUCAGCAUCCACUCACUCCCUCCUCUCCAGCACCCAGGCUUCCUCGCUCACGCUCGCGCCCCGGCCCACUCUUUCCGCUUGCCAGCUCACUACGAAAAGACUUGUCUCCUUUAUCGAGAUCCUCAGUGAGAGGAAUGGAGGCUGUGGGGGUGUUUGUGUGUGAGUAACAACAGGGGGAACAUGGGAUUAUUUUUCAAUAAAAAAUUAUCUUGUGACACUGAAACUCUCUCUCCAUCUCUGUCCCUGCCUCUUGUUCCUCCUGCUUUUCCUCCCGUCACUCAUUCUGCUCCUCUGCGUUGAGGCGGUCAGUCAGGAAGCGUCUCUCAGGGUGCGAUGGUUCUUGCUUGAAACAAGUAAGCAACCUGACCCAUGUGCUCUGUUAGUCUCAACCUGACACAGAGUGAUUUAUGGGUUUGUCCCUGCAAAUGUAUGAGGGAGGAGUGCACAGUGAAAGAGUGGGAGUACUGUGCUAUAAUAGUUUCCCUACCCCGGCUUUUUAAAUCUGCCUCUCUUAUACACAUGUAUACAAGGAAGAGUUGCAGUGAGAAGAGGAAAAUAAAUGUAAAUAGAGAAAGAGAUGGUGAAAGAUGGUGAGCAGGAAGGAGGAAAGAAAUAAACAAAAGUAAAACAACUUUGUUUUGGACUCUUCUUCCUCCCUCUCACUGGUGUUUCCCCUCCUGUUGUUGUCUGUAACCUCCACUGUAACAAAUAAAGAAACAGAAAUAAAAUACAUUAUCUUUUGUA